AUGUCGGAUGAGUGGCAGUUCUUAGGCGUGGACAUGUUGGGCAUUGACAAAUUAGACAGCGAUAGAGAUGCCGAGAUCCUGGCAGACAGCGAUAGUGAUGCCGAGAUCCUGGCAGACAGCGAUAGUGAUGUCAAGAUCUUUGAGAAGCAUUCCACGCUCAGCGGCCUCUGUUCAGAGCCGUUGGUGUUUGUGAAACCACAUCAGAGGAAACAAAAUCAGAGGAAACCGGAUUUUGUGAAAAUCAUUCUGAGAUUCGCGGUCGACGACGCGAUCAAUGCAACAGCGCAAAAGGCGAAAGAAAAGACCAUCAAAAAGCUGAUGAUCUACUACAAAGGCCAUGGCGCAUCCAUUGACCAAGAUCACACCGUGUGUCUUGAUGCUGCCCUUGUUCUGGAAGAUGCUGUAGUACGCGCCGUGGAACGGCACAAGCUGGAGUACGCAUGUGUCAUUGCGUUUGUGGACUGCUGCAGAAAUCGUUGGCAAGACGAGGACAACGAGGACUUCCCGGCAUAUCACGGACCCAAACAAAUUCGCAGCGAAAGUAACACAUAUAUCUUCGUCUACUUCUGCAAGCUCGGAUGUCCUCUGCGAGAUUCCAGUCUCGUGCCAGCGGCACUGAUGAUUAUGAUACAAGCUCAAAGUGACUGUAAGAUUGGUCAUUUCUUGAACCGGAUGAGCCAGCUGCUUCUCAAGUUCACGUUCGGGCGGAUCCUCAUGAAAUGUCCAGGGCUUCGGCAGUCUGCGGAUGCUUUAACGUGGGAUUUUUUCCCGACUGGGUACCAGAGUCCUUUCGAUCGCGAGGACGUCGAUGUGAUGCCGAAGGAGCACUAUGACGCCGUGCGAAGCACGUUGUGCUUGUACGGAUGUUUGGACUGCCUCAUUGCUGAUAGAAUCAGCCGUCCAGAGAUGCUGAACCAUGCCGAAGCGAUGUUGCAUCUGAUUUCGGAGCUUCGAUCCAUAGCAAGCAGUUUUUACGCAAGAAGAGGUCUAUUCUUUGCUGACUGGAGGCGACAGCUUCAACUGGCCAUGUGCAAGUCUUUGAAAGUGGCCCAGGAACCCGGGCCCUGA